AUGAACGACUAUUUCUCAUCUAUAGGAUCCACGCUUGCGAACAAAAUUAAAGAUCUAAUCAAACCCAAACCGACUAAGACCACCGCUACAUCACCCCAUUCCUUUAAUUUCAAAGAAGUUGAUGAAGUGUCUGUGUUGCAGGAACUGAGUAAAUUAAGAACUACCAAAGCCACUGGUCUGGACGGAAUUAGUGCUAAACUACUUAGAGAUUCCGCCUAUAUAAUCGCACCAUAUUUGACCAAAAUUUUCAACCUCUCCUUACGCUGUGGCUCAUUUCCCGACAUCUGGAAGAAAGGUAGAGUUACUCCAAUUUUCAAAUCUGGAGACCCAACUUCAUCCAACAACUACCGACCAAUCACCAUCCUACAAACCUUGAGUAAGUUACUAGAACGAAUCGUCCACCAUCAAGUUUACAAUUACCUGCAAGAACACAAGUUACUAGCUUCCCAACAAUUCGGUUUUCGCUCCAAACUGUCAACCACCAUUGCUCUGGCACAUUUUACUGAGCAGAUACUGGAUAAUCUCGAUCACAGAAAAAUCACUGGUGCCGUCUCUAUCGACCUAAGGAAAGCUUUUGAUACCGUAGACCAUACCAUCUUAUUGGAGAAAUUGAAAACAAUCGGUUUUACCUCGUCUGUUCUCGACUGGUUCAGCUCGUAUCUAUCAAACCGUACCCAAGUAACCGUGAUCAACAGUUCAAUGUCGCAACCCAAGCCAGUAACUGUCGGAGUCCCUCAGGGAAGUAUUCUUGGACCACUUCUCUUCCUUAUUUAUAUUAAUGAUCUACCUGAAUGCUUGACCCACUGCAAGUCGAUACUUUAUGCCGAUGAUACACUCCUUUAUUACUCUGCAGAAAGCAUUUCCGAUCUACAGUCAAAACUCAACUCCGACCUACGAUCCCUUUCUGGUUAUCUUAACAACAACCUCCUUACACUCAAUCAUGACAAGACAAAGUUCAUCAUUUUCGCCGGUAGACAACGCCUAAGAUCCAUCUCCAACAUCAACAUCUCUAUUUGCAAUCGGACGAUAAAACAAGAUCAAUCGUUGAAAUAUCUGGGCAUCACAAUUACCGAGAACCUUACCUGGCAUGAACAUAUUGAGAAAUUAAUGGGGAAAAUCAACCAAAGAUUGGGAUUGCUGCGCCGUGUGAAAUCUUUCUUACCGCUGGAUGCAAGACAGAUUUUCUAUACUUCGACAAUACUACCGCUAUUUGACUAUGCCGAUGUAAUUUGGGCGAUAAAAACAAUUCAGAACUCAUGAACUCCUUGCAAAGUUUGGAAAAUAAAGCAGCUAAAUUAAUACUAGAUCUCCCUCCUCUUUCGUCGGCAACCGAAGCUCUCGCUACAUUACACUGGUCAACUCUCUCAUCUCGCAGAUAUAAACAUCGUUGUAUCUUUAUCUACAAAUGCACUAACGGACUGAUAGAUUUCGACUUCAAUCUCACAACUAACAGCAGAAUCCAUUCCCACAGUACAAGAUCGUGUAAAAACCUCCAUCUCCCAAAAGUCAACACCAACUGGGGCAAACAUAAACCAACCUACCUCGCUUCGAAAGACUUUAACAACUUGGACGUUUCCGUCAGAAACAUUGAUUCUUUGAGUCAAUUUAAGUCUUUACUAAGGUCACAUACCAUACCAUAUAACUAUUCUUAGCUGUACUUACUAGAUAUAGUUAAUUAUUCGUUUCUUUAUGUCGUGACGUUGUAUAUUAAUUGUAUAUAUUUAUAUAAGUAAAUUUUGUUAAUGAUUGUAUCAUGCAGGACCCCACUGAAAAACACAUUAGUGAUGUGGGUAUCCUGAAUAAAUAUAAUUAUAAAUAAAUAAAUGACGAAUCUUUGAGAAGAAUAUCGGUUAGAUUUGUGCAAACUAAGCACGCCAAUUUUUAUCUAAGCUCGCGGGAAAUUCGAUUCAUGAUUUGUUCGGACGAUUUUUCAACGGAUUGUUUUGAGCGUUUAUUUCAUUUGGAUGGUUUGCAACGACGACUCAAUCCAGUUUCUGUACCUACUCUUUGCAGGAAAGCGCCUGCGCAACUAACAACAAGAGACAGGCGUAAGGUUUACUCAAAUAUUAAUAUAUUUUAGCUACAUACAUAUUUACAUAAUCUGAUAAGUCCAGAUCCAAUUAUAAAUUCAUGCGACAAGUGUUAUUCUCAUAAUAUUGAAAAUAGGUUUUAAAUUGUAGACGAGUUGGGCGAAACUGCAAACAAGACUGAUACGUACAUGCUCUUCCGAUCUAUCAUCAGAUAGCGAAGGUUCAUUGUCAGGUUCGCUUGAAUUCGCUGUUAUAUAAACAGAUGAGAUGCUGGAGAAUCUGUUUCAGACAAAUACUCCGAAACGCUGCCUAGAUCGCGACGAACCUGACACAUUCGAUGCAGAUCGGAAGAGUACUACGUUUGCUUACUACGUUUGCUUACUAAUUCUACUUGAGCCCUUGCGGUGUGUUGAGAAUAUGACAUCAGAAGCCUACCGUGACAACAUAAAAUCAAGAUGGCGAAUUUUAAUGGCGGACAGCGAUUUUGGACAUUUCAAAUGCUCGUAA